CCUCAGGGUAGUUCAAUCAUGUCUCCUGAACAACCCUCGACUCAAUCGGCAGAAAUGCCCCGGCAGGACACCUUGGGCUUCUUUUCUGACACCUCCCCUGCUUUCAGGCUGAAGGUCCUGCAGGCGACAGUGGUAAUGGAUGUUUGGUGGAACUGCCACUUGGCCCGCCCUGCAACCCCCAGCCCCUCCUUGACCUGCCAGUGUCCAGGCGAGAGCAGUCUGAAGUCCCACGAGGAGACCAUCUCAGACUCCAAGGCACGGACCAGCGACGUUUUUGUUCCUGGAGCCCGAGGUGACCUGGUCCUGGGGCUUGCAGCCACCGGCUACAUUCCUUCCAGGCGGCUCCUUUUAAUGAUGUGCACGUUACAGAAAAAAGCAAGGCCGCUUCAUCAAAUGAAUUACAUUCUGGAAGAUGCCAAGGAAUGUAUUUACUGGCAGCCAGGAUUUCCCGCGUCUUCCCAGGAAAAGCGGGGCGUGCACAGUCCCGGCAGCCGGUGUGUCCAGCACUGCUGGGUACGUCCCAUCAGCUGGUGGCCGCGGCAGGCGGUGGGCACCAGGGCCAGACUCCCUUGGGACCACCCCAGCCCCCGCUGGCUGCGGCGACAGUCUGGGACUGCCCUGCUUCUCUUCAAGGCCAGCCAGUGUGGGCGUCUGGUCUCCCUUUGUCUGUCCCUGCAGUGA